CAAUCAAUAACCUCUGGAAUUCAGAAAUACAAGUAGGUCCUGUCUCUGGCAGGCUGUAACACACCGUGGAGGGCGGGCUCCCAGGCACACUCGACGACGGCUCUUUCUGCUCCUGGCUUUCUCUGUGAGUGUUUCCUCAGGCCUUGACUGUGUUGUGAGUCCAUCACAAUGGCUGACCACACUUCUCCAGACUACUUCAGUUGCACCCUGUGUCAGACCCUCCUGAGGGACCCUGUGGCGAUCCCCUGUGGCCACAGCUUCUGCAUGGACUGCAUCAGCGGCUACUGGAAUGAAGCUGACUACACAGGGAUUUACAUCUGCCCCCAGUGCAAGAUCACCUUCACCCAGAGGCCUGUCCUGAGGCCCAAUGCUACUCUGAGCAUGGUGGCGGAGAAGAUCAAGAAGAGCGGGCUGACCCUUAACCUCAGCACCUCCCAGGGGAACAUCUACGCCGGGCCCGGCGACGUCGCCUGUGAUUUCUGCUCUGGGAAGAAAAUGAAAGCUUUGAAAUCCUGCCUCAACUGUCUGGCGUCCUACUGCGAGAAACAUUCAAAGCCUCACUACGAGUCAGCCACCUUCAAGAGGCACAAGCUGGUGGACGCUCUGGCCAACCUGGACAGGAAGAUCUGCCCGCAGCACCAGAAGUCCCUGGAGCUGUUCUGUCGGACGGACCAGAUGUGUAUCUGUGCUAUCUGCACAGUCAGUGAACACAAGGGUCACGAUAUUGUGUCUGCUGAGGCUGAGAGGGGAGAGAAACAGAAACUCCUGGGAAUCUCCCAGGCUGAGAUCAGACAGAAAUGUCAGGAGAGGGUGAAGGAGCUGGACGAGCUGAAGACGGCCGUGGAUUCACUCAAGAACUCGGCUCAGAGAGCCAUGGUGGAGAGUCAGAAGAUGUUCGAGGACAUGAUCCGCUCCAUUGAGAGGAUGAGGUCAGAGGUCACCAAGCUGAUUGGAAUCAACGAGAAGGCGGCUUUCAACCAGGCCGAGGCUUUGAUCGAGAGGCUGGAACAGGAGAUCGACGAGCUGAAGAAGAAGGAGACGGGCCUCAAGCAGCUGUACAGCACCGAGGACCACAUCCACUUUCUGCAGAACUUCAACUACCUGUGCACGCCCACUGAUGACGGCUUCAUCCCCAAAGUGACUGUGAACCCCGACUUCUCCUUCGGGGCGGUGAGGAAAGCUGUGGCUGAGAUCAAGGAUCGCCUGGAGGAGUUUGGCCGAGAGGAGCUGCUGAAGAUCUCUAAAUCAGUGAACGAGGUGCCCGUGUACACGACAGAGAGCCGGACGUUGGACAGAAGGAGCAGAGGCAAGGAGGUCAUGACAGUGGACAACACUCCUCCUCCCGAGCCGAAGAACAGAGCAGAUUUUGUGAAGUACUUCUGCCAGCUGAAGCUGGACCCGUGUACAGCCUACAAGGAGCUGUACAUCUCCGAAAGCAGCAGGAAGGUCAUCCGCACCAGAGACCUGCAGCCCUACGGAGAAAACACGGAGAGGUUCGACAGCUUCGCUCAGGUGCUGUGCAGGGAGGCGCUGUCCGGAGGCCGCUUCUACUGGGAGAUCGAGUGGAGCGGGGAGUUCUCCAUCGGCGUGGCCUACAAGAGCAUCAGCAGGAAGGGCAAAGGCUCGCUGUGCCUGCUGGGAUAUAACGACAAAUCCUGGAGCCUGCUCUGCUCCGACACGGGCUACUCCGCCUGGCACAACCGCGUCGACAAAGCCAUCAACGCCCCCCACUCCCCGAGGAUAGGCGUGUACCUGGACCACGCGGCGGGCGUGCUGGCGUUUUAUAGCAUAGGAAACACCAUGACCCUGCUGCACAGAUUCGAGACCACGUUUGUUGAACCUCUUUUUCCAGGCUUCGGAGUGGGAACCUCCGUCAAGAUCUGCAACAUCAAGUGAACACUGAAACUUGAGCUCUCUCUUCCUCCCCCCCCCCCCACACACAACUUUCUCACGACUUACAGCAACACUUCCUGGAUAUAUAAAGGCUAUACAUAUAUAUAUUUUUGGAACUUCUUUAAACUCCACCACUCCACAUAACUGAAGUUCUAUCGCUUAAUUUGUGUCCCUGCCAAACAUGUAAAUAGUUUUUCUAACUCUACACAUCACUCUUUUUUGCAUUUGUCAAAUCACAUGCUGAUAGAUUUCUAUGUUUCAUUGAAAAGCAUGAUAACUGCAUAACCACUGAGUAGCUACAAUAUAAAGAAAAGUGUUAUUCCCUUUAUCACCUGAUAAUACCUGCAAGAUAGUAAUUGAAGAUGUCAGUAUCUAUUAAACCUCUAAGUGUUAUCUGUUCCCACAUAAAGCCCACUUAAAGUUCUCUUACAGCUACACAGUAUACCGUAAAACUUCUAAUAGAAGCCCCUCCCACUUUAAGGCCCAGUCCCUUUCACUUGCCUGGUGAUGCUGCACGUUUUGACGAACAAAGGCAGGUCUCGGUCAGAGGCUCCUGUGCAGAGGUGGCGUGGCCGCCGCUAGUAAUUUGAUUGGCCGCCCCAGGUUCCACCCCAAAACUCUUAAUAUGUGAUUGGCUAAUAGCCCUGUCAGAGGCGGGACUUAUGUUGAAACCAACUACAAGGUCUAUUUUUACUAGUUUUCUUUACAUAUCAAAGCAGCAUAUUUCUGUUUCAUAAGACAGGCGCAUGUGAAAGUAAUGCACUCUGUCUUACUUGCAAUGAACUACCUGGCGAUGUCUCGGGACCAGAACAUUGUAAGUGACACUGUGCAUGCACUUUUUUAAGUACUCUAAAUCGUGUCUUUGAACACGCCUCUCACCACAAAAUAAGCUACUGUUGCCAUUAUCUUGUGUUCUAAAGUAGAAAGGAUUGGUGAGGUUAGAAAGGGUGAAUCAUUGAUAUUUAUUGGUGUGUGUUUGUGCGCACAUCACGCUUCAGUCCACGUCCAGCGCUGCAGACGUCUCAGCGCCCCUGUUGGGUCACCCAAGUCAAAAACAGUGUGGACACGCCCCUGCUCCUACGCGAUCAGCGUUGAAAUAAUUUGUGGAUCAAAAAUAAGUACAAAUAGCAGCAAAAAAAAGCAAAGAUGAACUUCAACAUCUGUCCAAGAAACACAGAAUAAUGCUCGCAUGUGAUUCAUUUAAUUUUGAUAUUGACAUACUACUUUUGUGCACAGUAAAAUAUUGUUUCUGGUGUAAAUAUACAAUUCCAUCUUUCCCAUCUUUGCUGUGCACGAGUUUGGUUUGACGCUUGUCCCAAACUAAAGCGGGGUCAUUUUAUAGACUGAAGUGAAUAACAUAGCCUGGGCUUUUAUCAGAAGUUUUACGGUAAUUUCUCCAUAAAGGGAGUCACCCCUCUCUCUGAUAACAGGUCUGUUUGUGUUUCAUGAGCCAUUACAUUACAUAUAUUCAUUUAUCUGAACCCCGUUAUGAUCAGUAAGAGUUCUUGUUGUCCAUGUUGGUGCGUAAACGUGUGUUGUGUUCAAGUCGACACAUUCAGAAGAACAUUUCACUCUGUCCUGUUUUCACAUAUUAUCUAAUCGUUGUCGUAUCAGCUGUUAAGUUUGCUCACAGUUUUGUUCACUUGGACUAACCUUUAUUUAAUUUUAUCUACAUGUUCUUAAGUAUAACGGACAUCCAGAGAAUAAUUGGUAUCAACAAAAAAGACUUCUUUUGUAACAAAAUUGUUCAUUAAAAGUUCGAAAUAAAGAGCUAAAAGAAAGAA